UCACAUAGCUUUCAUUUUACAACUUUUGCUCUCAACUUUUGUCAAAAGUUUUCAGGCACUUUAAAUAACAGUGCGAUCUGCUUCACUGCAGUUUAUAGUCGGGGAUACGAGGCCCAUUGGUUUUAACGGGAACAUAGGUUUAUAUAUAACAGCACGUUUAUGAAAGGCAUGAGGGAGAUACUCUUAUUAUUAUUAUGUGCCUUCAUGGGCACCCUGGCCCAGGACCCUGACCUGGCACAUGGCUGCUCUCAUGGAAGCUGCUACCCUGCCACGGGAGACCUGCUGGUGGGCCGGGCCGAGAAACUCAAGGCCUCCUCCACCUGCGGCUUGAGAAAGAAAGAGCCUUACUGCAUAGUCAGCCAUCUACAGGAUGAGAAGAAAUGCUUCCAGUGUGAUUCCCGGCGUGCCUACGACGACAAGUACAACAGCAUCAGCCACCGGAUCGACAACGUCAUCACCACGUUCAAGCCGCACCUCAAGAAGUCUUGGUGGCAGUCUGAGAACGGGAAGUCGGAAGUGAGCGUGCAGCUGGACCUUGAGGCUGAAUUCCACUUCACUCACCUUAUCAUGACCUUUAAGACUUUCCGCCCUGCUGCCAUGCUGAUUGAGCGCUCUGCUGAUUUCGGACGCACCUGGCAGGUGUAUCGCUAUUUCGCCCAGGACUGCGCGUCAGCGUUCCCCGGAGUCUCCACGGGUCCCCUUCGCAAGGUGGAUGACAUCCUCUGUGAGUCCCGUUACUCAGACAUUGAGCCAUCUACAGAGGGAGAGGUGAUUUACAGAGUGCUGGACCCUGCCAUUCGCAUUCAGGAUCCCUACAGCCCUCAGAUUCAGAACCUGCUAAAGAUCACCAAUCUGCGGGUGAACUUUACCAAGCUGCACACCCUGGGGGAUAACCUGCUGGACUCACGUGCGGAGAUCAAGGAGAAGUAUUACUAUGCCAUGUACGAGCUGGUGGUGCGCGGGAACUGCUUCUGCUACGGACACGCCUCUGAGUGCGCCCCCAUCUCCGGCAUCCGAGACGACAUCGAGGGCAUGGUUCACGGCAGGUGUGUCUGCAAACACAACACUCAGGGCCUGAACUGUGAGCAGUGUGACGAUUUCUACAAUGACAAGCCCUGGAGACCGGCUGAAGGGAGGAACACCAACGCCUGCAAGAAAUGCAACUGUAAUAGCCAUUCCAAUCUCUGUCACUUCGACAUGGCGGUAUACCUGGCGACCGGGAACGCGAGCGGGGGCGUCUGUGACGAUUGCCUGCACAACACCAUGGGCCGCAGCUGUGAGAUGUGCAAACCUUUCUACUACCAGGACCCCACCCGUGAUAUCAGAGACCCGUCCGUCUGUGUGGCCUGUGAUUGUGACCCCGACGGCUCUUUGAACGGAGGGAUCUGUGACGGGCAUGACGACCCCACUCAGGGCAUGAUUGCUGGGCAGUGCCGCUGCAAGGACCACGUGGAGGGCCCGCGCUGCGACAAGUGCAAAUCCGGAUUCUUCGGGCUGAGCAGCGACAACCCCAAGGGCUGCCAGCCCUGCCAGUGUGACCCCCGUGGUACUGUGAGCAACGGCCCCCAGUGUGACACCAUCAGCGGAGAUUGCUUCUGUAAGCGCCUGGUGACCGGCCGCAGCUGCAGUCAGUGCCUGCCGGAGCACUGGGCCCUGAGUCAUGAUCUACAUGGUUGCCGAGCAUGUGACUGCGAUGUGGGAGGAGCUACUGACAACCAGUGCUCCAUGGAGACGGGGCAGUGCCGGUGUCGCGCGUACAUGGUGGGGCGGCAGUGUAGCCAGGUGGAGUCUGGAUAUUAUUUUAUGGCUCUGGAUCACUACACCUAUGAGGCUGAGCUUGCACGACUGGGGCAGGGCUGUGCAGUGGUGGUGAGGGAGCCCCAGCCCAACCACACCCCCACCUGGACCGGCACCGGCUUCGCACGGGUCCCAAAAGGAGGCAAUCUGGAGUUCCAGAUCAACAACAUUCCCUAUUCCAUGGAGUACGAUGUUCUGAUCCGAUACGAGCCACAGUUCCCUGAAGAGUGGGAAAAGGUGCGAGUCUCAGUUAUCCGGCCCGGUGCGAUCCCGACCAGCAGCCCGUGUGGAAACACCAUCCCUGCUGACGAUCUGCUUGUGGUCUCCUUGCCUCCCUUGUCCAGGUAUGUGGUGCUGCCCCAGCCUGUGUGUCUGGAGCGUGGAGUCAGUUACACCAUCCGCAUGGAGUUCCCUCGGUACACCUCCAGGGAGAGAGUCCCCAACGCCAACAUCCUCAUCGACUCGAUGGCACUGCUCCCCCGGUACUCCUCUUUGGAGAUGUUUAUCGGCGGCGACCCCGUCUCCAUGAACCGGAAGGAGAGCUAUGAGCGCUACCGCUGCCAUGACAAUAACAAGGGCGUGAUCAGGCCGCAGCCUACUGAUAUCUGUGCUAAACUAAUCAGCAGCCUGUCUGCCACCAUCCACAACGGAGCUCUGACUUGUCAGUGUGACCCUCAGGGCUCCAUCAGCUCGGAGUGUAACCCCAACGGAGGGCAGUGUCGCUGCCGCCCCAACGUGUUCGGCCGUCGCUGUGAACAGUGUGCGCCGGGGACCUACGGCUUCGGGCCUGGAGGAUGCAAACCAUGCGAGUGCAGUCUGGAGGGGUCUCAGACCCGAUUCUGUGAGCCGCUCAGCGGUCAGUGUCCAUGCAGCCCGGGAGCCUUUGGCCUGCGUUGUGACCGCUGUCAGCCUGGACACUGGGGCUUCCCCAACUGCCGUCACUGCCAGUGCAACAGCCACGCUGAGGAGUGUGACCAGAGGACCGGAGCCUGUCUCACCUGCCGGGACAAUACAUCCGGGGACAAGUGUGAGAGGUGUAUCAGCGGUUACUAUGGAAACCCUGUGCUGGGUUCAGGAGAGCAGUGUCGCCCCUGUCCGUGCCCUGAUGGGCCCAAUAGCGGACGCCAUUUUGCUUCUUCAUGUCACCAGGACAAUCGAAACAGGCAGGUCGUCUGUAACUGCAACCAGGGAUACACAGGAAUGGUUAAGCGAUCAAAAGGAAGCUUCCAGCGUCCCCGUUGUGAUGAGUGUGCCCCUGGUUUCUAUGGUAACCCCUUGCAGCCUGGUGGCCGGUGUCAGCCCUGCCAGUGUAACAACAACAUUGAUAUCUCUGACAUGAACGCAUGUGACCGACGCACAGGGCAGUGCAAGAAGUGCCUCUACAAUACAGAGGGGCCUAACUGCGGGCUCUGCCAUCCUGGUUACUAUGGAGACGCGACCAGACGCAACUGCAGGAAAUGCACAUGUAACUUCCUGGGCACUGACCGCAGUCAGUGCAGCUCUCGUGAUCAGUGUGAGUGUGACCGCAGUAGUGGGCACUGCCAGUGUCUGCCCAAUGUCAUUGGCCAAAACUGUGACCACUGUGUGGCCAACUACUGGAACCUGGGCAGCGGGAAUGGCUGUGAACCCUGUGGCUGUGACCCCAACAAUGCUGUCAGCCCCACCUGCAAUGAGUUUACUGGACAGUGCCAGUGUCGCCAUGGUUUCGGAGGGAAGACGUGUCAGGACUGCCAGGAAAACUACUGGGGAAAUCCCAACGUGCAGUGCAGAGCGUGUGACUGUGACCCUCACGGGAUCGAGACCUCUCAGUGUAACCGGGUGAUGGGGCACUGUUCCUGCCGGCAGGGCGUGUCAGGCGUGCGCUGUGACCAGUGUGCCCGGGGCUUCUCUGGCCAGUUCCCGGAUUGUCAGCCCUGCCACCAGUGCUUCGGGGACUGGGACCGGGUGGUGCAGGACCUGGCAAGCCGCACUCGAGCGCUGGCGGGCCGCGCCCAGGAGAUCCAGCAGACUGGCCUGACCGGCGCCUACGAGAAGAACUUCCGCGAGCUGGAGGAGAAGCUGGCCGAGGCACGGGUCAUUGUGAACGCGCGCAACGCCACCGCCCAGGCCAUCACCGACCUCAUGAAACUCAUCAACCAGCUCCGAAACAAAAUUGAUGAGACAACAGGCUCUCUGGACAAGAUCGAGAGGGACCUGACGAGCGUGCAAGACAGCAACUUCGCAGCGAGCAACGAUCUGAGCGCUCUGGAGCGAGAGGCCCGGGCUCUCAACCUGUCUGCCAGCGAGCUCGGACAACAGCUCGACACGCUCAAGAACUCCAACUUCCUGGGUGCCUAUGACAGUAUCCGCAGCUCCUUUGAUAAGUCCCGGGCUGCAGAGCGCCGCGCCAACGAGUCCACUGUCACCACGCCCAGCGCUGUCAGCCAAUCCGGCGACACCCGGCGCAAGACCGAAAGGCUGCUGGCUGAAAAGAAGAACGAUUUCAACAAGAAGAACGCGGCCAACAAGCGGUCCCUGAUCGACCUGGCUGCCAAGGCUGAGACUCUGGACAUGAAAAAAAUCAACGAAAAAGUAUGUGGAGCCCCCGGUGACGCCCCCUGUGCUGAGAGCCCUUGUGGGGGAGCGGGUUGCCGUGACGACGAGGGAAACAGGCACUGCGGCGGUCUGAACUGUAACGGAGCGGUGGCGACAGCGAAUAAUGCUCUGGAGAGAGCCAAGUAUGCAGAGAAAGAGCUGAGCAAGGCCAUCGGUGAGGUGGAUGAGCUCUUCCAGAAGGUGGCCCAGGCCAAAGUGAAAGCUGAUGAGGCCAAAGUGAGGGCACAGGCAGCGCUGGACAAGGCCAACUCCACCAAGGCUAAAGUGGAUCGCUCUAACAAAGACCUGAGGGACCUCAUCAAGCAGAUCCGUGACUUCCUCACGCAGGAUGGGGCGGACCCUGACAGCAUUGAGAUGGUGGCCAGCCGUGUCCUGGAGCUCUCCAUCCCCGCCUCCCCACAGCAGAUCAGACACCUGGCUGAGGAGAUCAAGGACCGAGUCAACAGCCUCUCCAACGUGGACGCCAUCCUGGAGCAGACCAACGACGACGUACGCAAAGCAGAGCAGCUUCUGCAGGACGCCAAGAGAGCCAGGACUCGCGCAGAGAGCGUGAAGAACACGGCAGAGACGGUAAAGCAGGCUUUAGAAGAUGCUCACCGGGCACAGGCCGCUGCUGAGAAAGCAAUUCAGCAAGCCAAGAGCGACAUCGGUCAGACUGAGGACAGACUGGCACAGAUCCAGUCAGAGACUGCUGCCAGUGAGAAGAACCUGAACGAUGCCAUGGACCGCCUGGGCAUGCUGGGUGGACAGAUCGAGGCCCUGAAGACCAAGCGUGCCAACAACAGCCUGGUGGCGUCCAGGGCAGAGGAGACAGCCACCAUGGCACGGGACAAAGCGAACGAGGCUAAGCAGCUCUUAGAUGGCGAGCUCACUGACAAGUACAGAACGGUGCAGGACCUCGUCGACAGGAAAGCCAAAACCGUCCAAGAGGCCAAACAAAAAGCAGAGAAACUGCGAGACGAGGCCAAGAAGCUACUCAAGGAGGCCCAGAACAAGCUGCAGAGACUGACUGACCUAGAGAUAGAUUACGAGGAGAAUGAGAAAACGCUAGAGAGCAAAGCCAGGCAGCUCGACGGACUGGAGGACAAAAUGAGAGGGAUCCUGAAAGACAUCAACCAGCAGAUCCAAAUCUACAACACCUGCCAGUAACAUACGCUCACUCUCACAUCCAGCAACCGCACUAGGGCACUCCCAGAGCUUCUGAACAACUGCUGGCCCUGCAAAUGGUGCCCCCUAGUGUUACAGAGGCUUUACUCCAGUCAGAAGCUCCAGCGUUCGCACUUUUAGUUUUUAAUAUGUUCCAUUUUUUUUUUUGUGGUUUGGUGUAAACACAGUCCUUAAUCAGGCAAUAGACCUUUGGCUGAAAUUAGAAGUACAGUUUCUGGCUAAGAGAACACCCCCUGGGAAGCAAGUGAAGUGUUGACCACCAGACACAAUAUGUGUCAAUCAAUAAAUAAAUAUGUAUUACUUUUCAUGACGCACAUGCAUCAACAUAUGAAAUGAACAGAAUGAGAGAAAAGCAAUAGGCAAGUGUAUGUUAUAAACUAUAAUAAUAAAGUAACUGCAAAACUAAAUUAGCACACCACCCCUACACAUGUUAAAAAAUGCAACAGUAGCUCUAGAUUAAUCGUGAGUACAUGUACAAUAUUCAAGACAUGCACAAAAUUAUUUACCAUAAUGGUGAAGUGACUCACCAGAAAGGGAAACACCAAACUGCUCAGUGACUUGUGUCUGAUUCAGGCUUUUUUCAAGAGCUUGAACAAUGUGUUCAAUUUGUUUACAUGCCAUUCUGUAGUGAUGAGGUGCACUCAUGGAUAUCAGAAUACAAAAUGAGGCAAUGAUAAAAGACGAAAAUAUUUAAUAAACCAAUCAGUGUGCCUCAAGACACUCUCGCGAUGAAGUCACUUGAAAAGAUUGAAUAUCCAUUUUAAUUUAAGUUUGAUGAUGAUGAAUUAUCAGGUUACAAAACAGUACUGUAUCAGUUGUGAAUGAAUCACUAUCGCUGCCAAAAAUGAGUUAUUUUAAGCAAAGUUCCUGUUCCUUUAGGUGGAGCAUUUACAAUAGGAAAAAUCUGUUUCACCACAAGGGUGUUCUCUUAGCCGAAGUGUUCUCUUAGGAGAUGUUCCUAUAUGCAGAGACUACUGUAAUAAAAAAAAUAGCUUUUGAAAAACAUGUGUCUUCAUGUCUUCUUUUAGAGGCAAAAAACAACAGGUGUACAAAAUAAAGAAUUCUCUCACUUCUGUAUCAUUAAUGGUA